AUGGGUUUAAGCAAUAACAUCACUGCAACAGUCAACUUCAUAGCCCUUUUAGCUUCAAUCCCCAUCAUAGCGUCAGGUAUUUGGCUAGCCUCCAAGCCAGACAAUGAGUGUAUCCAUGACUUUCGUUGGCCCGUCGUCGUUUUGGGGAUUAUGGUUCUUGUGGUUUCUCUGUCUGGUUUUCUGGGGGCUUAUUUUUACAGAAGAGGUCUUUUGGCCUUUUAUCUUUUCUGUAUGGCCUUACUUAUCUUUCUGCUUCUCUUCGUUCUUGCCUUUUCCUUCUUCGUGACCACUCCUGAUGGAAGCUUUCGUGUUCCUGGGAGAGCCUAUGACGAGUAUAAACUUGAGGGUUUUUCUGGUUGGCUUAGAAACCAAGUUACUAGCUCUGGGAAGUGGCAUAAGAUAAGUACGUGUUUAGCUCGUUCUAGUGUUUGUACUAAGCUCACACAGGAAUAUGCCACUGCUGAUGAUUUUUUCAAUUCUAAUCGUAUUUCUCCUUUACAGUCAGGAUGCUGUAAGCCUCCAACAGCGUGUGAGUACACUUAUGUGAACCCGAUAUUGUGGGUAAACCCGGCCAAUCCGAUGGAUAACCCGGAUUGCUAUAUGUGGAACAAUGACCAGAUUCAGCUGUGCUAUAAUUGCAAUGCAUGCAAGGCUGGUUUGUUGGGAAACCUGAGAAGAGAAUGGAGGAAAGCCAAUCUGAUUCUGCUUGUGGCUCUGGCUGUUUUAAUUUGGGUCUAUAUCUUUGCCUGUUGUGCCUACAAGAAUGCCAGAAGAGAGUCCCUUUUCCGCCAUUACAAGCAGGGUUGUUUUUGAGUUUUGACCCAUUUCUGAUGCUUUUCUCAGUUUUGUUGUCUUCUACAUUUGACCCAGUAAGAUUUUGAUGUGUCUGGUUUGGAUCCUCCGAAAUUCUCAAGUGUAAAAUUUUUGUGAAGUUUGAAAAUAGAGGACAGAAUGGAAGAAAAUAUAAAA